AACUUUGAAUUCCAAUUGGAUAGCUUACUUUUGGGCGAAAGAAAGUUGUUUUUGCGGGAAAAUCCCUUUAAAAUGUCUGCCAAGGAUUAUUCUACCAGGACUCGGAGUUGGCCAUCCCAGUUUUUCAAACCCGCAACGUAGCGGCAAUCCUGGCCAUCCUACGUAACUGCGCAUUCCGUCAUUAGCUUUUUUCCCUUCGACGGCGACGGACGCUUUCCUUCGUGUCCGCGCAUCCUUGCUUCACUGAAUUCUGCCGCACGCUUUUCUCGCUACCACCGAAGUUUAUACAUCGCAUACCCAUACACAGGCGCGGAGAAGAAAAAGUUAAAACCGGACACAUUCAAGUGAAAAUAACAGUUUUCCACAACGGGACUUGCACCUGUGCUUUUUCCUUAUAAUUUGCAAGACAUUUUCACAUCAUUUGCAUGAAACACAAGUACCAGCGACUGGAAUCGAAUACUGCUCAACUCAAAAAUUGCCAAUCAGCCAUAACAAUACAGGAAAAGUGCCAAAAUAUCGUAAAGCAUUUGAGUCUGCAGACGAAAAGGAAAAUUGCUGGACAUAAAAUUUACAGUUACGUGGGAUUUACAACCGAGAACAGUUGCACACAGACAGGCUCGCCCACACACACACGCUCAAAAAGUUACUUCGCCACGGGUGGGGAAGGGAAAAGGGGAGUGGAGUGGAGUCCUUGAAGCAUCUCGGCUUACGAACAACCCCCAACAACAUUGGGUGCGUCGGUACUCGGCCUGAACGUAACGGAAAACGGCAAAAAAUAACCGUCAACAAAAAACAAACAAACACAAACACAGGAAGCCGACGUCCCAUCCGUGUGUGUGUGUGUUCUGGUGUAGAUUUACCGUUGCCCUUUCAUCUUCUGCGAGAGUGUGUGUGUGUGUGGGCGCCACAAUAAAAGGAGGCGCAAGGAUAUUAUGAGGCCGACGCUGUCUGCCGCAUUUGCGAAUAAGCAACUACCAUCCGUCCACUUUGGUUAAGACUGUAGGGAUACCACAUACCACUAUGUUUGGAUCCAAGCUGCGCUCCUGGAUGGAGACGCACAUCGUGCGUCCCCGCAAGAAGGGCAGCAAGCACAAGCAGCAGGCGGCCUCGGAAGCGGGCAGUUCCUGCUCCGGCAAGAAGGCGGGCACCCUGCCCCCGCAGGGCAGCAACCUGACCAGUCCGGUCCUCACCAGCAGCGGCAGCCACAGCAUCGCCAGUCCCGUGCGAAGGCGCGAGGUUUCGCCCAUCCAGUGCCACCCACCCAGUCGGCGAUACGGCUGGCAAUCCCCAGACGACGACUCCUACGUCAUCACCUCACCCAAGUCGGACAAUCUGCUCUACGCCCCGCACUGCUAUCAGCCCCACCAGCCGCUGCAGCAGCCCUCGCACCACCUCAGUGUGCCCCACAGCAAGGAUAACUCGUGUGCCGAGAAGUCGCCCAUCAGGGUCAACUGCUCCUCGUCCUCCAUAUCGUCGUUGUCCUGGUCAACGGGUUCCAAGGAGCCCUCUUCGGGCAAGCAGGCUGCUUUCAGGGAGCAGUCUUCAAAUGGGGAAUACCACAUUCCACCCGAGGAAGAGGUGGAGUACGAGGAAGUGGGCGCCCUGCUGCUCCGGCCCCCGGCCCCCAUUGCGGAGCAACAGCGUCCACAGUCCGAGAACCUGAGCGCCAUGCGUCUCAUCUACGAGGAGGAGCCCAGGCAGAGCAGCAACCAUGUGCGAUACGGACGCCUGCUUCCCUCCAAACUGGCGCCGGCCCAGCUUGGCGAGUCCCUGGACAACUUGACGGCCACGCCUCCAGUCCCACCUGCUCCUCCUGCCGGCUCGCGGAUGCGAACUCCCCGGGGAAUGCAGCGCAGCAACUUUAUGCCGGGACCCCGGCCCCACAGCCUGCCCUCGCCGGAGAGCGCCUACUCCACGGGCUACUCCACGGAUGGCACCUCGCCGUGCGCCGCCAGCAACUACAACCCGCCGGAGUACUACAUCAACAUGCGCUCGGGCACCCACUACUUUCCCAAGAGCGUCAAUUCGCUGGCCAUCGAGGCGCAGCGCUACAAGUUCGGCUUGAACCGCAUCGAGGAGAUGUCGCCCAUGGAUCCGCUGCCCAAGAGCAACUUCGCAAGUGCCAAUCAUGGCCUGGAGUCGUCGCCCAGUCCGCUGGCUCUGCGGCAGCAGCCGAAGCUUUUUGAGUCUCCCUCGCCGAGACAGCGCUGUCGCAUAAGAACCAAUCCCUGGUACAGCACAGGAGAGCACUUGCCAGCCUCCUCCGCGGGCCCCGCGCGCCUGGAUGUGGAUGCCACCAGCACCACCUCCACGACCUCGUCGGGCAUUAAGUCGAGCAAUGAGCUGGAAGUUCCGGCGGCCAAAACAACAGCAAACAAAGCAGGAAAGGCAGCCGCCCAUACAGCAACACCCAACUGCCGAGGCACUCCCAGCAAGUCGGCCAGAGUGGCGGGUGUGGACGCUGUUGGGGGUGGGUCGGCUGGUGCACCUGGAUCUGGGGUCGCGUACGAGUCCGAGGGCUCUUCGUCGUCGACAGAAGUGGAAAAUCUGCAUGCCCCACACACCAUAAAGCGCCGGCACCUGGAGCAGGCGGAGACGACAGCAACAACUUCAGCGCCUGUGGCAGCUGGUGGUGGAGCCACCACUACCUCCUUCGUGCUUAGCGACGACGAGGCCACUCUCAACGAGAUGAUUGGGAAGUUUGACGAGAGUUACAUCUACGAGAAGGAGACCGACAUACUGAGCAGCGACUCGGAUCUCACUGACUGCUGUGCCUCGGAGCUGGACACUGGACAGGAUGCGGGCGACGAGUGUGACACGGACGAGCUUCUCGACAUUGACUUUAUAGACACUUCUUCCAUGCAAGAGGUCGUACUCGAUCGACCGGAUCUAUCGCGCAAUCUGGGCAGCUGCCAAUACUACUCGAAUCAGCCCGCUAGUCCAAUGAUGAAGCGGAAGGCAUCAACCCGCUCCCGUCGCAAGAGCGGCCAGGAGACGGGAGAGAGCUCCCAGCAGCGUCGACGCAAGCGGUUCCUUAAGACGCGCAAGAAGAGCUGCGAAAACCGUGAAAAGCUCCCUUCGUCGCCCCUCCGUGAGCCCCGCGGAACAAGAAGUGUGGGAGGCACGCCCGUCUGCUUGCGCCGUAAUCUACUGGCUGCAAGGGAGAGGAUCUACAAGACUUCGCCUCUCUCCAACCGCUCCAAUUCGCUGAUCUUUGGCAGCCUGAAUGAGAAAAGCACCAUCACCAUCGCCGAAAGCGAGAAGGCUCUUCUUAAGGCCGACUUGGAGGCUGAUAUGAAGUACAAGCAGCUCAUCAUGGAGGCAGAGUCUUUGCUAGAGUCCAUGAAGAACAGCUUACAGAGUAUUCCCAGAGACACGCCCGUCGCCAGUCCGAGGCGUUUAAAUCCGUUGGCCAACAAGCGCGUGGAGAUGCUCAAGAACAGUGAGGUGGACUCCAAGAAACAGGCGCCACCUCCGAACUCUCCUCCGCAGGAGCACGAGUUAGCCGCAGCCAUCAAUAAGCGCAUAGAGAUGCUAAAGUUUGAGACUUCUGCUGCUUCUUCGCCUCCGAAUAGUCCCAAACUUGGACGCUGCAGUCCUCGCAAGACGCACCUGACCAACUUUAUGAAUCAAAAUGCUCCGCCAGAGCUGCCGCCGCGCAAGAUGAACGGAAACACUCCCACUGCUCCGCUCUCGCCGCAACUGCAGCUAAACGGAAGGCGUCUCCAGGAAAGCCCGAAGGGCAAGAGACGCACUAUGAUGGUAACAUCCACGACCACGACAACGGUGAUCAGCUUCAACGGCAGUGACUCUGAGAUGGAGAGCAUUGCUGUGGAGGAUAUUGGCAAUCACAACUACUUGCCACAGCAGCAGCAGUCGAACCCGAAAGUCAAGCUGGAUGCGCAAACACAACAUAAACUGCAUGCGGAGUCCCACAUUAACAACAACUUUUAUUGCCCACAUAGCGAGCCCUUGAAGCGAAAGGUCUACAAGGGAAGCUCCUCGUUCGAGCGCAUUAAGAAGAACUUUGACUUGGAGUUGGAUGCAAACGGACGGAGCAAGUCGAACGAGCGUUCGCAAAUUAAACUGUCGGCCUCCGUGUCGGCCAAGAGCUCUAUGCAAGACGUGACCGUUGACGAGGCCAAGGGCCAGGCAAUGGGCGGUAGUAGCCGCAAGCAACAGCUCAUACUGAACACCAUAGUCGACUUGAAGCGCAGUUUGGAGCAUCAGAGCCAUCAGUUGAGUGGCCUGAAUGGGGAAUAGAACUGAGUGACCCAACUAAUAGGGAUAAUAUCAUCAUCAUCAUCAUACUUAAUCAUCCUGCAUUAUCUAGACAGUAACUAGUUCGCUAAGUUGUAAGCUAACAGUCCAACCGAAUCCCUCAGACUAGACACUGAAACUGAGCGCAAUAACUUUCUAACUGAUAAGAGAAGACGAUUAUUUACACGAAUGGCAUAAUACUCGAGGGCCGUAAUAGGAACGAUGGACUGUUAUGGAAGGUUAUUACGAAAAAUGUGUAGCAUGUAGAAAAUUGUUUUUGAUGGAGUUUUUAUAACCGUAGUCAUAACCCAAAGGUUUUAUUUUGGUUUGAAAUAUUUAAAGAUCAAUUCUUAGUUUCAAAAUGUUCUUUGAUAUAUCAUAGAUUUUAGUUAAAGCAUAUCAAAAUAUUAUUAUACUGAGUGACAUUAUGUUAAUACUGAUCGUUUUAGUUUGUUAUUUGACUAUCACAAUUCUUUGUUUUAGAAACACUAUUACUUUUAAAAACAUCCUAAAGUUGUCUUUAAUAUUGGUUUUAGAUGAGCCAAGCUGAAAAUGUGUUUAGAACACAAAUUCAUUAGCUUGAUCUAUUUAACUAUCCUACCAACUCACACUAUCCAACCUUAGCUUGAAUACGUUGAUAUUAGUCACUAUAAUAACUACAUAAGUCAAUAAUUGGUAAUACUCCUUAGUUACUUAUCGAGAGUGUGUGUGCUAAUGCGUUAAUGUGGAAAAAGAUCCUUAAUUAUUGAUGCAUAUCCCACAUGAUCCUCGCCUACAUUUAGAGAGCUCAUCUUAUCGCUAGACUUGGUAGAACAUUUCACUUAAUCAGCAUUAUCACAAAAGUACUCAAAAGUAGUCCUUUAAGUAAAUUAUAUUACGAUCCAUCCAAACGAAAAUUGUUUAGCCAAAUUGUUUGUAGAUCAAUGAAAAGAAAAGACAUUGUUUUACCAUAUUGUUUCCUUAGUUAAA